GACGUACCGGAGAGAUGAUGAAUUGCGUUUGUCUCUCUUGUAAAUCCUUUGAAAGUAGAAAUACAUACGUAUGUGUAUACGUGUUUGUCUGUAACACGAAGAAAAUACACACGGGAAGAAAAUCCGUGUGAGUCGAAGAGUUUUCGCAUGUGUAUGUCUAUAUAUGUGCGCGCAUACUAACAAGCAAUGCGAGGGAGUUCUCGAAGUCGGUCUUUAGUCGGUCUUUAGUUUCGAGUAAGCAUUCGUUCAAGAGAGGAUUCACCGUCCCCUCGUACACGUUCACGCACCCUCAUUCUUGCUCUCAGUCUCACUCUCAUUCCCUCUCACUCUCUCUUCUUCUCUACCCUUUUCUUCUUCUUCUUCUUCUUCUUCUUCUUCUUCUUCUUCUUCUUCUUCUUCUUCUUCUUGUUCCUCUUCUUCCGGCUUAAUCGUCUACCACCCAGCCGGCGAUUCGUAUGUUCUUUUAUCCUUGUUCAAGAGCAUCCUCGGACUUCCGUUCGCCAGUGAGAUACAUUUCACGUAGUGUUUACUCCAAGAAUAGUCAAGUAUUAUCUUGAAAUCAAUUUUUAUCCUCCGAAAAUCCAACUCAAUCAAAUAAUAAUAGUGGUUGGUUUUGUGUUGAUCGGCUAAAAUAAAUAAAGCAGUGCGUCAUUACAGUGAACUAUGACAAAUCUCGAUCGGGCUCAUGGAUAUAAAGAGAAACGAUAGUUCUCUCAGAGACAACGAGAAAAGUGUUGGAUAAAUCGACAAACGACGGCGAUGCCUUUCGCGAAAGCAAUGACGACGUUAACGCGUCGAUGGUAAUUGUCGGCGGGGAAGUGCAAAGUGCAACGAACGAGAGCAGAAAAGUUUUUUUUUUCUUUUUUUAUAUCUUCCUUUCUUUCUGUUUUUUUUUUUUUUUUUUUUUUUUAUUCUCUUCGUGAAAGAAAGAAAGUCAAUCUCUCUCGUUCAUCUUCUUCCAUUGCUUAUGUUCGGUAUGGAUCGACGAAGAACUCCAAAAAGGAGAGGUCUCUCUCCUUCCACCAAUUCUUCACAAACAGAACCAUCAGUGGUAACAUCAUCGACGAGUCAGCAAUUGGAAACGAUAAAUGAGUUCCCGGCAACCGAUGGUGCUACCGUAAUCAGUGGAUGCAAAGAUCAGCCUACCAUCUGUGGAAAGGAGGCUGCUUGUCGUAGCUUCCGUGACAACACCUCGCAAUGCGUUUGUCCUCAUGAUUCCUCCCCACCUACGUCAGACCUCAAAUGUCCGAAUCGUUUGACCGUCCCUUUAACUCCACGACCCAUACACAAUAUAAUACCACCAAGUGGUAAUGGCACGAACAGUACCACUGCUCUACCAGAAGCAGAACAGUAUUACAAUGUUAUUAUGCAGGUUGAACGUUCGAGGCAUAAAGUACCUGAAAUAGUUGGAAUUGCGAUAGCCUUCAUCGCAGUGCUAGUUAUCCUCUUGAGUAUAGUUUAUUGUGUGAGAAGACGAAGUUAUGGUGUAAAGUCGCAGAGGAAUUCAUUGGAUGCGUCUCCGAUGAAUCUAAAAAAGGGAUUACUAUUAGCAAACAAAUACACGCCUAAUCCUCAAUACUUUAGUUGUACCUCGCCGGAGGUAUUAAUUUUACAACGUGAAAAUCUAGUAUUUCUACAUGAUAUCGGCGAAGGUUGCUUUGGUAAAGUUUACAAAGGAGAAUUACAAAAUGGAGAUUUAAAAGAGAUCGUUGCGAUAAAGGUUUUAAAAGAUACUGUCUCUAGAGAAGCCGAAGAAGAUUUUAUGCGAGAGGUUGAUAUUAUGUCAACCUUCGAACAUAGAAAUAUUUUAACUUUGAAAGGUGUGGUCCUUCGUGAUGCUGGAAACAGUCCAUGGAUGGUUUUCGAGUAUAUGCCAUAUGGUGAUCUUGCUGAAGUUUUGAGAUCUAAUUCAAGACAGCUACAUUCACCUAAUCCUGGAUUAGAACCGUUGACGAAGGAUUCUUUACAUUGGAUAUCCGUUCAAAUAGCUGCUGGUAUGACGUAUCUAUCAGCUCAGAGAUUUGUUCAUCGUGAUUUAGCCUGUCGUAAUUGUCUCGUUGGAUCUGGACUUGUUGUUAAGAUUGCAGACUUUGGAAUGUCAAGGGAUAUCUAUACCUGCGAUUAUUAUAAAAUCGGUGGCUCGAGAUUAUUGCCAGUCCGAUGGAUGUCGCCAGAAAGUGUGAUGUAUGGUCGAUUUACUUUAGAAAGUGACGUAUGGAGUUUUGGAGUUGUCCUUUGGGAGGUCUAUUCCCUUGGGAAGCAACCUUAUUACGGACAUAAUAACGACGAGGUGGUCAAGUUGAUCCUACAUGGAAUUAUGUUGAUCCCUCCUGACGAAUGCCCACCAUUCAUUUGUCAAAUAAUGCGUGAGUGUUGGAAGACAGAACCAAGAGAUCGUAUAAAAUUUUCUGACAUAUUGGAGAAAUUAGAGAGAGUCCAAGAAAAAUUAAAUCAACAGGGAACCUUACCAAGACCACCUCAAGGACCUGUUACCAUUCGUACUCCAGAUGUUCUAGAUCCUGAUGGUUACUUAUUACCUGCACCAACAACGCCUCGUGAAUAUUUACAAACAUUACCGGCCUUGUCCGAUUAAUGAAAUCUUUAUUGAUAUUUUUACAUGAAUGAUCGUCGACGUUUUGUAGAUUUGUGAAUUUUUCUUCUUCUUCUUUUUUUUUUUUUUUUUUUUUUUUUUUUUUUUAAUGUGAUUCGUAUACUUAUAUAUAAUGAUCGAGAUUAAAACGAUCCUACGUGCUGUGAGCAAUGAUCGAUACGAAUGAAAUGCACGUUAAUGAUAUCAGGGAAUUUACGAAGGUUCGGACCAUCGAUCCUUCAAUGUCCACGCAAUAGUAUUAUUCCUAUUUUUAGAAUAAGUUCAUGAAAUGAACGUUGUUAUACGUAUACAAUUAAUGUAUCAUAUUUCGAGAUAAUUUAUUGAAUACUUGACGCAAAGUCGACUGACUGCACGAGAGCACAGUAAAUAAUAAUUUGCUCUAGUUUGUAUACUUGAUUUCUUUUGUAAAAUAAUAAUAUAUGAAUGUACGAAUAUAUAAUAUCCGUUUUUUCAUGUAUUGUAUCCGCUAAUUCUUACAACUAUAAGAAAUUGUAUAAAAAAAAUAAAUAAAUAAAUAAGGAAGAAAAAUAAAUUUUUAAUUAACGAUA